CCCCUUCUGUCCCCCCAGGAAGCCUCCCACCACCACCUGAUGCGCCGGCGGGCGCUGUGGGACUCCCAGACCCCCACCCGACUGAAACACCGCCGCUCGCUGGUGGCCACCAGCCAGCUGAGCAUGGAGGAGAAGAAGCAGAGGAUCGUGCGGAACCUGCGGCGCCUGGAGGGCCUGGGGCUGGUGGAUGCAGGCCAGCACUACCAGGGGCUCAUCAACGAGCUGGCCAAGGACAUCCGCAACCAGCGGCGCUACCGGCAGCACCGCAGGGAGGAGCUGCUGAAGCUGCGGCAGACGCUGCGCGCCCUCGACGCCAAGACUUUGUUCUACGAGGAGCAAAUCGAUUAUUACAACCAGUACAUCAGGAGCUGCCUGGACAGCCUGGCAGCCAGCAACAAGCUCAGCGGGAAGAGCAAGAAGCUGCAGCCCCUGCGCUACAGCGCCGCACGGCUCUCUGAGAUGGGAGUCCUGCUGGAGAUCCAGGACCUGCCGGCCAGCCAGUACGUCCCCUGCACGGCGGCUCUCCGGCCCUGGGGAUGUCCGAGGUUCAGGCCGGAGCUGUGGGCGUCCCUGCUGGGCGCAGGGGGUGGGACCAGGUGGCCUCUGGGGGCUCCUUCCAACUCAGACGGUUCUGUGAUCCUAUUGCCUUAAUGAUCGUCCACAGAA